AUGAAAUGAAUAUGAAACAAACAUCUUCGCAUAUCAAGCAAGCAUUUUGUAAAUAAUGAAUUAAAAAACUGCUCUAGCCGGCCCAGAAUUUUUCUGAAAUGUUUAAAAUAUGUUCAAAGUUUAAUAAAAUAUACACUAAAGUUCGUUUUGUAGCAACACAAUCCAACAAAGCAAUGAAAUAUUUAAAUGUUGCAGAAAAAAACGAUGCCGCCAAAACUAUAGCCGGAUUGCUUUCAAAUGGCACAUCAAGGAGGCGGGAGGGACUCUCAGUUUAUAACAAAAUAUAUGAGUUUGAAAUACCAGUUCGAGGCAAAAACUCAAAAAUGGUAAUGACAUCCGUUUCUGGUCACUUGUUGGGAAUGGAAUUCCUAAUGACGUAUAGAAAUUGGAAAAAUUGUGACCCACUACAGUUAUUUGAUGCUGCUGUUCGAAGGAAUUGUAUUGAAACAUUCCUUCCAAUUAAAAAAACAUUAGAGAGAGAAAUCAAAUCAUGUCAAGGACUAAUCAUCUGGACAGAUUGCGACCGAGAAGGUGAAAGUAUCGGCUUUGAAAUCAUUGAAGUUUGCAGAGCUAUCAAGCCAAAUAUAACUGUUCAUAGGGCAAAGUUUUCAGAAAUUACUACGGCAGCUGUGCGAAGAGCUCUAGACAAUUUGGAGCAACCAAACAAAUUUCUAGAUGACGCUGUCAAUGUUCGAUCUGAGUUGGACUUACGAACUGGAGCAGCAAUAACUCGUUUACAAACUAUGAGACUUCAACGUUUGUUUCCUGAAAAAAUGGCUAACAAACUUGUUUCAUACGGAAGCUGUCAGAUCCCUACUCUUGGUUUUGUUGUUGAACGAUAUAAAGAGGUGGAAGCGUUUAUUUCGGAGCCGUUUUGGAAAAUUAAAGUUACACAUACGAUUGAUGACCUAACAGUUGAUUUUAAUUGGGCUAGAAACCGUCUUUUCGAUAAAGAGGCUUGUGAAGAUUAUUUGAUGCUUUGCUUAGCCGAUCCAAAAGCCAAAGUCGAAAACGUAACCACAAAGCCAAAAAAUAAAUGGAGGCCAAUACCUAUGGACACUGUCGAAAUGGAAAAACUUGGGUCUCGAAAACUCAAAUUAUCUGCAAAAGAAACAAUGACCAUAGCAGAGAAGCUAUACACCCAGGGUAUAAUUAGCUACCCUCGAACGGAAACGAAUAUGUUUUCAAAGGAAAUUGAUUUGAGAAAUUUAGUAGAGCAACAUACAACGCACUCCAUGUGGGGUGAAUUUGCUGCCAGGGUAAUUGAAUGGGGCUGUAAUCCUAGGAAUGGAAACAAAUCUGAUCAAGCACAUCCUCCGAUUCAUCCUACAAAAAUGGUAACACAUUUGAAUGGAAAUGAAGGCCGUGUUUACGAACUUAUUGUGAGACAUUUUUUAGCAUGUGUUAGCAAAGAUGCAACAGGAUCGGAAACUGUUGUUAACAUCGACAUAGCUGGUGAAAAAUUUAACGCAACAGGGCUUUGCAUUUAUGAAAGGAAUUAUUUAGAUGUAUACAUUUAUGAAAAAUGGAAUGCAAAGCAAAUCCAUAAAUAUGAAAUAGGUCAAAUUUUUGAUCCUGAUGAAAUAACCAUGCAAGAAGGAGCAACUACAGCACCACCUUUACUCACAGAGGCAGAUUUAAUCGCACUUAUGGAAAAACAUGGUAUAGGCACAGAUGCAACUCAUGCUGAUCAUAUCAACACAAUUAAAGAAAGAGGCUAUAUUGGCGAAGCCGAUCGAGGUUCGCUUGUACCAGGUGUUAUAGGAAUGGGUCUUUAUGAAGCUUAUGAUGCAAUGGAGUUAGUACUUGCAAAGCCUGUUCUAAGAGCCGAAUUCGAAGCAGAUUUGAAAAAAAUAUGCCUUGGCCAGAAAGACCCAAAAAUAAUACUGCAAGAGCAAAUUCAAAAAUACAAAGAAGCAUACAAAGUUAUAAUAAAUAAGAUUACAGCAAUGGAUGAAAAAAUAGCACAAAGACUCAAUGCAACGCCUCUUGAAUCCACUACAAACGAAGCAUCAAAUGAAAAUGAAAAUCAGAUUAAAGAACUCUUCGCUUGUCCUAAAUGUCGUAUCUCUCCAAUGGGACUCAAGAAAAAGAAAACAUCGGGCUGGUAUAUAGGAUGUUUAAAUUUUCCAGACUGUAAGAAUGCAGUUUGGCUGCCUGAUGAAUUAAAAGAAAUAUCUGUAGCAGAAGAUAAAUGUAACCGUUGUGAUUCGAAAAUGUUAAAACUGAAAUUGACUGCAGCUUACUAUCGCAGUGUUUUCAAUGCACCCGAUGGCUGGUAUAGCACAUGUUUAAGAUGUGAUUCUAAAUUUCGUGAAACCUUUAACAUAAACUCUGAUCAGGUGAAGCAAACUGGGGCUAUAGUCGGCGACGCAAUGUCGGCCAAUGUCAGAAGAAUAAAUUCUUCUGCCACGUCUACAAAUCCAAUAAACAGUGCUCGAGAUGGAAACACUCGGAAUAUAAAUACGGAUACUAGAACUAACAAACCAAAGGUUUUGCAGAAAAAAACUCAAACUAAAAGUACUUCAGUUAAAGCAAAGACUGUUCAGCAAACAAGUAUACGAACAUUUGUAACAAAUUCGCUUAGAUCAAAUACAACGGAACCCGAAGCACAUGUAGAAGAUACACGCGAUUUUUUUGAGUGUGAUGAUGAAUUCGAUGAUAUUCUUGGGAGUGCAGAUUUAGAAGAAGUUAUACAAAGGCAACCUUUGCCUACGAUGACUCCACAUGAGGCUGUUAACGAAGCCUCUUUACUUCUUAAUGAUGACUGGGGAGAUAUAAGUUGGGGUUCUUCAAAUAUAAAAAUUAAUGCGACAAAUGUUCCAGUUCCAAAGCGUAUUCGAGUUGAGUCAGAAGAACCGUCUCCAAGUACAUCAAGAAGGUAUCAAGCAAAUUAUCGUGAACCAGUUGCAUUGCAACCGUCAAAUUCAAACAGAUACCAAUGGGGUUCUUCUUCAACACAAACAAAUAAUAGUCAAUCCGACUUUAACAAAACUAAUUCACGUUCAGCUCAAUUGCCGCAAAAUGUAAAAUGCACGGGUUGCCAAUCAUCUGCAAUAGAGCUUACUGUUAAAAAAGAUGGACCUAACAAAGGAAGAUCGUUUUAUAAAUGUCCAAAACAACCAGCUUGUAAUUUUUUUCAGUGGACUGAUGAAACUGACAUUUCUGACGACACUAAGAAAACGCAGAAGAAAUCGGAUAAUGUACAACAUACACAGUUACCAAAUGAAUUUGUUUUAUGCAAUUGUCAAGCUCCUGCAAACAAGUUGAUUGUUCGGAAAGAAGGGCCGAAUCAAGGACGUUGGUUUUAUGGAUGUGCUAACCGAAACAAGUUGUGUGGAUUUUUCAAAUGGGCCGAAAACGAAUGUGAUACCCAACAAAACGAAUCUUUGCGUGAAUGCAAUCCAUCAACGAGCACAGGUUUUUCAAAUAUAAGAAAGCCAAGCACUAAUACCCGUACUGAAUCAACUUCGAAUAACGAAACGAAGAAAAGAAAAUGUGGAAUGUGUCGACAAGAGGGACAUACAAGAUCAAAAUGUCCGCGAAAGGCGGAAUUUGAAAUUUAACAGUUUACGUUAUUAUUUUUCAUUUGAUUACAAUUUUUUUUCGAAAUAAUAAAAUAAAACAAUAUUUGUACAUAGUAAA